GCUGUUUUCCACAGACCUUUCUGGCUUUGCGCUGGUAGCCUACAGCCUGCGGCUUGGAGCAGACUGGGGAAUCAUCGCGGUUGUCAGCCUCUUGUCAGUGAGGCUAUCACUGCCACUUUGCCGGCAUGGCUUGCAGUGGCGGACUCCGCGGUAUGCCACAGCCCUCAUCUUGAGCAUUGUCCUCUUUUUUCUCGUGUCUGUCGUUUGGGCCUCUACGAGGAUUCCACUGCGCUGGACUCCAGAGGACAAUGCAUUGCCAGUGCUCCUCUUUGUUUUUUGGCUUGCGGUGGCUGUUGGCCUUUUCUCCUGCUGCCAGCGACGUCGGGAUGCCUCAGGCCCUGGAGCAGCAGGGGCGCAACAAGGCGAAGACAGCCAUUCCGGAAAUGAACCUGAUGUUUUCAGCAUCUGA